GGCCCGACCCGUCUCGUUGACGGCGGAAGAUGGCGGAGGAGACCCCGGUCUGCAGCUUCCUGUUCAAGAAGCGGGGCCCGGCGGCCGGCAGGGGGCGGCGCAAACGCCCGGGCAGCGACCAGGAGCAGGGGAGCAGCAGCGAUGAGGGGAGCACGGUGGUCAGGAAGGAGAGGCGGCGGGAAGCCCACAACCCCAUGAUCCAGAAGACCAGGAAAAGUGGUAAAGAGAAGACCUCGUAUGGGGCAAGCAGCAGUGACGAUGAUGAGAAGUCGCAAGAAAUCGGGGUCACUUACAAAUCAACAAGAUCGGCGAAACCUGUAGGUCCGGAGGACAUGGGAGCGACGGCUGUGUAUGAGCUGGAUACUGAGAAGGAGAGAGAUGCCCAGGCCAUCUUUGAGCGCAGCCAGAAAAUCCAGGAGGAGCUACGAGGGAAGGAGGAUGAUAAAAUUUACCGGGGGAUCAAUAACUAUCAGAAAUACGUGAAGCCCAAAGAUACAUCGAUGGGGAACGCCUCCUCGGGAAUGGUCAGGAAAGGCCCCAUCCGAGCGCCGGAGCACCUGAGGGCCACCGUGCGGUGGGACUAUCAGCCCGACAUCUGUAAAGACUACAAGGAAACAGGCUUCUGUGGCUUUGGAGACAGCUGUAAGUUCCUCCACGACCGCUCUGACUAUAAACACGGCUGGCAGAUUGAACGGGAACUGGACGAAGGACGCUACGGAGUCAACGACGAGGAAAACUAUGAAGUGAGCAGCGAUGACGAGGACCUGCCCUUCAAGUGUUUCAUCUGCAGAAGCUCCUUCAAGAACCCUGUGGUUACCAAGUGCAGACACUACUUCUGCGAGAGCUGCGCCCUGGAGCACUACCGCAAAUCCAAGCGCUGCUACGUGUGUGACCAGCAAACCAGUGGUGUCUUCAACCCAGCCAAAGAGCUAAUGGCAAAGCUAGAAAAGCACAAAGGUGAAGAGUCGGAUCCCUCGGAGCAUGGAGAUGAGCCACAGUAGCACAACUCUAUCCCCUGUUCUCCCUCCCAUCCCCACCCCUAAGCUUUUGUAAUAUCCCAAUAAAAGUUUAUAGAAAAGA